AUGCUUCCGCUAUCACUGCUGAGAACGGCUCAAAACCACCCGAUGUUAGUGGAGCUGAAGAAUGGGGAGACAUAUAACGGCCAUUUAGUCAGUUGUGACAAUUGGAUGAAUAUUAAUCUUCGGGAAGUGAUCUGCACCUCAAGAGACGGCGACCGCUUCUGGCGUAUGCCUGAGUGCUAUAUCAGGGGCUCAAACAUCAAGUACUUGAGAAUUCCCGACGAAGUCAUUGAUUUGGUCCGCGAAGAAGUGAAACAAUCGAAACGCGGAGGAAUGCCUCAGAGGGGCGGACGCGGCGGACAGCGCAACGUCGGGAUCGGACAGCGACCGCAGGGAACCGGUCGGGGAAGAGGUGGUGGACAACAAUUCCCGAAACAUCAACGAACCAAUUGA